UUCCAAAGGGGUUCUAUACGCUUCAUUGGAAAACGAGUUGUAGUCUCGCAAGCUUAUCUGUGCGGACAUUGGAUCUUGGCUAAUGUUGACAAUUCACUAGCUACUAUCUGCAGACUUGUAUGAACUCUACUUACAGAUCGUGUGCGCCGUUAAGUUAACGCCGUGUUUGUUUCUGGAGACGGUCAGUAUUGUUUAGAAAUGAAAACGCUUUGACAAAACGACUACUUACAAAGAUGCCUAUAUUUUUAAAUGAGUGCCAGGCCUAACCCAGGAUGAUGUUUAGAACUUUGCCAGCCAGAACACUCCUGUUCUUGGGGCUGUGUCUCACCGGGCGUCGAGGCUUGGCAUCGGCCCCUGAGCUAAAGGAACCUCCGAAGAGAAUAGCGGUGGUCGGGGGAGGCAUCGGGGGCACUGCUACGGCCUACUACCUGCGGCAGGAGUUCGGGACGGGGGUGAAGAUCGACCUGUUUGAGCCCGGGACCGUGGGAGGGCGCCUGGCCACGGAGGAGAUCGGGGGGGCCGAGUACGAGACGGGGGGGUCUGUCAUACACCCCCUCAACCUGCACAUGAAGCACUUUUUGGAAAAGCUGGGCCUGUCCCAGCGAAAGGAUGUCCCCUCCAAAAUGGCCAUUUUCGACGGCGAGCAGCUGAUCUUCGAGGAGAGCGACUGGUUCAUCGUCAACUUCCUGCGCAUACUCUGGCGAUACGGGUUUAACUUCCUGCGCAUGCAAAUGUGGGUGGAGGGCAUCUUGGACAAAUUCAUGAGGAUCUACCAGUAUCAGCAGUUUGGCUACUCCUUCUCCAGCGUCAAAUCGCUCCUGCAUGCAAUGGGCGGGGAUGACUUCCUCCUCCUGGCCAAUCAGACACUGGAGGAGGCCAUGCUGGGGGCGGGGUUCUCUCAGAGCUUCCUGAACGAGAUCGUGGUGCCCGUGGCCCGGGUCAACUACGGCCAGAGCGUCCGCAUCAACGGCUUCGUGGGGGCAGUGUCUCUGGCAGGGGCAGAUUCGGGCCUGUGGGCAGUGGACGGGGGUAAUAAGAGGAUUUGCUCUGGACUGCUGUACCACAGUAAGGCAGAGUUGAAACCAGCGCGGGUUACCGCCAUCUCCAGCAAACAGCGCCCCCUGAAGGCUGGGGGUGUGGUCUCUCUGUAUGAGGUCAGCUAUGUUGGGGAUUCUGGUUCCGCCCACUCCCUUUAUGACAUCGUGAUUGUUGCUGCACCCCUCCACCAGGGCCUCUCCGAGAUCUCCUUCCACGGCUUCAACCCGCCCAUCCCCUCCCACUUCUCUGGCCGAUAUCAGCAGACGGUGACCACUCUGGUGCACGGCCUCCUCAACACCUCCUUCCUGGGGGUCACCGACCCCCCCUCGGAGUUCCGGGUGUCCGAAGUCCUGACCAUGGAGCACAAGGACUCGGUCAUCCACAGCCUGAGCUCCAUCGACCCGGUCCAGAUCCCAGCCGGCUACUCCCGCCCUCCUGCCAGCCUCCCCAAAGUGUGGAAGAUCUUCUCGCCCCAGCCCCUGACCGAGGCACAGCUCUCCAGCAUCUUCCUGUCCCGGGACACCGUGCGGGAGAGGCGGUGGCUGGCGUACCCCUUGUACGGCCGGCCCCUCAGGAAGACGCCCCCGUUCGUCCUGCACGAGCGUCUGUACUACCUGGGCGCGGUGGAGUGGGCGGCCAGCGCCAUGGAGAUGAGCGCCAUCUCCGCCCGCAACGUGGUGCUGCUGGCGCACCACCGCUGGCACGGCCAGCAGGCCAGAAUCGACCAGGAGGACCUGCACGUGCGGCUCAGGAGCGAGCUUUAGGGAGCGGGGGGGGGGGUCUCAAAACUGGGAUUGAGAAGCCCACAAGCUGGGGUCUCAGGACUGGGCUUGAGAAGCCCACACGCUGGGGUCUCAGGACUGGGAUUGAGAAGCCCACACGCUGGGGUCUCAGGACUGGGAUUGAGAAGCCCACACGCUGGGGUCUCAAAACUGGGAUUGAGAAGCCCACACGCUGGGGUCUCAAAACUGGGAUUGAGAAGCCCACACGCUGGGGUCUCAGGACUGGGAUUGAGAAGCCCACACGCUGGGGUCUCAAAACUGGGAUUGAGAAGCCCACACGCUGGGGUCUCAGGACUGGGAUUGAGAAGCCCACACGCUGGGGUCUCAGGACUGGGAUUGAGAAGCCCACACGCUGGGGUCUCAGGACUGGGUUUGAUUUGGAAUGCACUAUACGGUGGUGGCAUGCUUCUGCAGUCCUUCUCCUGUCUACUAUUUUUAUAUUUUUUCAUUACAAUAAAUGUUGAUGUAACAAA